AAACGAAUCCAGCUAAAGGAGUUCCGGCCCCAUGCUACGAAAGAGGAAGUGAGAGAGCGCGCCUACAACCUUCGGUCUCAGCCGCGGAGGCAGCCGCGACUCCAGGAAGCCGUGGAGAUGAGAACGCGAAGGGCUGCGCGCCUCCAGCAGGAGAACUCACAGCAGCCUCCGCCACAGCCGGUGAUGGUCCGGAGACGGUUACGGGACUCGCAUUCCUCUGAAGAGGAAGAGCUAUCUCCACAAACUGUUGUAAGCCAAACAGUCUCAAAGAAAACUGUCUGGAGAACACAAGAGACUUCAGUGAUGAGUGGAGAUUCUGUACACGACCUGCUUAGACCCCCUCUAAGAAGUCCACGAUCUGAUUCAGCAUACAAAACAAAUGGAAAUACUGAAAUGAGUGAAUUAGAAGCCACUAGUGUCCCACAGAAGGUCAAUUUCUCUGAAGAAGGGGACACUGAAGAAGAUGAUCAGGACAUCUCUGAUAGUGCUGUUACUUCUGUUAAGGUCAGAUCUGAGGAGUCUCUUGACUCUGGAGAUCAAACCAGCAGACCAGGUCAACAUUUAGAAUCAUUUUGGCAGUCAUCACAAAGUCAAGACUUCAAAGCUCUUGAUAAGCAACAUUCAGUGCCAAGUAAGUGGUUGUCUUUAUUACUCCUCUCAUUAGAUGACAGCUUUCAGAAAUCAGAGUUUGGAAACCAGUCUCCAUCAACCUUCAGCCAACACAUGACUGGACAGCCCAAAAAUGCAUCUUUUGUCAAGAUGAAGUGGUGGUGGUGGCCAAUACUUGUGCUCCUUAUUCUUGUCCUGAGGAGUUGGUGGUACACUCAUGCUCCUGAGGUAGAAAGCACUGCUGUGCAAGAGUUCCAAAACCAGAUGAAACAACUUAUGAUUAAGUACCAAGGUCAAGAUGAGAAGCUGUGGAAAAGGAGCCUAACAUUCCUGGAAAAACAUCUCAACAGCUCCCAGCCUCGUCCUCAGCCUGCUAUCCUGCUGCUGACCGCUGCCCGUGAUGCUGAAGAAGCACUCAAGUGUCUGAGUGAACAAAUCGCUGAUGCCUAUUCAUCCCACCGAAGUGUCCGUGCCAUCCGGAUUGAUGGGACAGGCAGAGCUACUGAGGACAGUGAUGCUGUGAAACUAGAGGUGGACCAAGAACUGAGCAAUGGAUUCCAAAAUGGCCAGAACGCAGCCGUGGUGCACCGCUUCGAGUCCCUGCCCGCCGGCUCCACUUUGAUCUUCUACAAGUAUUGUGACCAUGAAAAUGCGGCCUUCAAAGAUGUUGCCUUAGUCCUGACCGUCUUGUUGGAGGAGGAAACACUUGGAACCAGUCUAGGCCUAAAGGAAAUUGAAGAAAAAGUGAGGGAUUUCCUCAAAGUCAAGUUCACCAACUCUAACACACCCACCUCUUACAAGCAUAUGGACCCAGACAAACUGAGUGGGCUCUGGAGCCGUAUUUCCCACCUCGUCCUGCCUGUACAACCUGAAAACGCCCUGAAAAGGGGCAUCUGCUUAUAAGCGGAGACAGAAGAGAAAUCAUGUCCCAAGUGCUGAGAAUUUUUUGGACUUUGUAACCAGAGACAGAAUGCAUCUUUGUGAAAGAACUGUUUUCUUUCUGAAGGAAGUAAAGUUCUAAAUCAUUUCUCCGACCUGUUACCUGUUGUUUGAGAGAAACAUUUCCCUAUUUCCAUUAAGAUUUGUGUUACUGGUAUCAGAGAACUAUAAGUUAUAUGCAGUCCCAUAGAGGAUCAGUUUAGAUGCUGGCUGAAUCAUUAUUACUAUGGAAUGACCAGUAGGACGGACUAGAAAAUCCUUCCUACGAAGCCUCCCGAUUUUUCACGUAGACUUUUCAGUUUGGUUUUAGUAAGGCAGCUCCCUAAAUGCAACUGUGGGUUUUCCCAUUUUGUUUUCUUCUAGGUGUGAGUUCCUUAGCUUCUGCUUAUAGGAACAAAAGUAACGUGAAAGGUCAUCUGAGUGUGUGUUUGGGUUAUUUUUUCCUUUGAUUUUGGAGGCAAGGGAACAGAGAAUUUGUGGAAUGGGGAAGGAAAGGAGGGAAAAAAUAACUCUUAAAGGUAAAAUGUUAAAUAAGCCACAGAGACUCAGUCAAACAUAGUUAUCUAAACUCCAUUCUCAAUGCAUUUUUUGGGAUUUGUUUUUCACAUAGCCUUUUUUUUACUUUUAAGAAAUUUUUGGUUCACUCAGCGACUGUGAAGCAUGCUAUCACAAGGUUAAGUAUACUUGUUCAUUUGACUUUUAAGGGCAGGUAAAUCCAGAGCGGUUUAUUUUGGAUAUAUCCUUAAGCUUUGUUUUGAAUUAAGAAAUGUAGUUUCUGGGGAAGGGAGGGACUUGGUGUAGAACAUUUGUUAACCAGCUUUUCUGGGCUAUGGAAGGAUUUAAUUUUCUACAUGUCCACUUGUUACAGUCUCUUUUAGUGACCCAUAUAACAAAUAUAAAGAUUUACUAUGCACAUGAUAAACUUGAGUGCCUCAAGCCAAAAAGAAAGUGAACUUUACCAUGUGUGAAGAAUGUUAAAAUGUACUACUGUACAUUACUGUACUAUAAUAUUUCGGUUAUAUCUUUUGCAUCUGUAACAGCUUUCUCAUCUAUCAAUUGCUUUGAUUUUCUUAGAAUCUUAAAAUCCUAGAGCCAGCUUGUUUUUUUAAUUAUCAACAACCCUUUUGAUGAUCCCAUGACUGGUAGUAGAGUGUGGUCUAAAUUCUUCCCCCUAAGACUACCAGUAUUCAUAAAUUUAUACCUCAUAUUGUAAUUUGUUCCUGUCAGAAAUCAGAUCGUCUGACUUAUAGAGGAUUCUAACACAAGAAGAGUUUUUGAAAAGGCUUAUUUUAUACCUAUAUAUUAUAUGGAGAAACAAAUUGUUUUUAUUAAAUGUUUCACUGACCAAAAUAAUUUUAAAGUAAUUAAUUUUGCUUACCUUUCUGGAAAAAUAAUUAUAGCAGCUGAUCCGUAAAUGACUUUAAAAGCUAUUUUAGUAAUUUAAAUAAAUUUACUUUUCUUGGUUUGUA